GUACAAUGUGACACGUUCCCGUUAACACUUCUCAAUGCUACUUCUCCAUAGCAUGUCCAUAAUGUCUUGUGUUCCCUGCAUGCAAUGAGGAUGAGGAUCUACUGACAAAGUGAGAACCUAUGACUCAGACUCUGCAGAGAAGAUGGAGCUAGAAGUCGUCCUGACAUCUGAACCAGUUGGAGAAGAAAAGAAAAGACAACAGAGAAGACGUCACUCAGAUGAAGAAAUCUGACAUUGAUACACCAGGAGAAUAACGUCACUGGAAAGUUUUAUCAAGGACAAGUAGAUCUUACCCUCUGUGAGGGAACUACAUAUUGUGAAGACAGCUGCAGUCUGUCCUGGACAAUACCAGAAAUAUAAAUCAACACUAAACGGAAGUCAGAAUAGAGAAGACAACCGGAUAUACCAGAAAAGAUGGCAGACAACAUCAAGAAGUUAUCACAGGAUGCGAUUACUGAAAAGAAACACGAAGCAGAUCUACCUUUACCACCUCCUCCCAACAUAGCACAACCUUCUAUUACAGUAUCAGGAGGACAAGAGCAAUGUUUUAUGCCUCCACCACCUCCACCACCACCACCACCAAAAGAGUCAUUUUCCAAGUUCUAUGAACAGAGACAAGUAAAUGAGUUAAAAAGACUUUAUCGCCAUAUGCAUCCAGAGCUGAGAAAGAACUUGGAGCAUGCUGUGUCCAGAGACAUUUCCGAACUGCUAAGCAAUGAUGAACCAAAUCAACCGGCUUCAGUGAACCUAGAUGCAGUUCUGCCUGGAGAGGUACAGUCCAUGCGUUGGAUCUUUGAAAACUGGAAAUUAGAUACCAUUGGAGAGCACCAGGCUAACCGGAAAUUGACUGAAGAAGAAGCUGUACUUGGCGGCAAUGUUAAAAACACUUCUUUAAUAUUUCAAGGCCAGAAAGAUGAUAGUGAUGAAAGGUUUUCAUCUGCGUUACCUGGAGAAGAUCAGACAAAGGGAGAUGUGAAGACGGCUUUGUGGUUAUUUGAAACUCAGCCACUGGAUUCAUUAAACAGAAUCUAUCCUGAAGACGCAGAUGUCCACCAAGCAGUGUUAAAAGAACCAGUUGAAAAAGGUGACGUUAAAGGAACCAAAGUUCUCUUUGAAACACAAUCACUAGAUGAAGUUGGUCGCUGCAACUCUGUAGAAGAACACAGCCUCCUCCAGCUUAAAUCUGAAAUACAAGAACUAAAAGGAGAUGUGAGCAAAACCAUCAAAUAUUUCCAGACAGAGCCCUUGUGUGCAAUAAGAGAUAAGACUGGAAAUAUUCAUGAAAUUAAAUCUAUUUGUAGGGAAGAAACUCAGAGCAAUGAUAUCAACACAGCCAGAUGGUUGUUUGAAACUCAGCCUUUGGACACUAUUAAUAAGGAUACAUCUAAAGUUCAGGUUAUUAGAGGGAUAUCAUUGGAAGAGAUAGCUAAAGGAGGAGUUAAUGCAACCAAAUGGAUAUUUGAAACUCAACCCUUGGACACAAUAAAAGAGAACCUAGACGAAGGAGUGUUUCAACCCUCUGUAGAUGCUGUUGAAGGGGUAGAUGUGAACAAGCAAUGCAGCAUCUUUGAAAAGCAGCCUGUUGACUCCAUAAAUGAACACACUGACAGUAAAUUUGCUGCCACAGAAGAAAUAUUACCUGGGGAUGUGAAGUCUACUUUAUGGCUCUUUGAAACACAACCAAUGGAAACCCUCAAAGGAAGAGAGGUUGGACAAUUAAAAAAGGUUGAGCUACUAAAGGAAGAAAGAGGAGCUGUUCAACAAAGGAAACAUGUGUUUGAGACAUGUUCUCUAGACAAGAUCACCAACAGAGAGGAAGAAGCAACAGGACAAUAUGGAACAGGCACAGAAGAAAUUAUGAAGGGAGAUGUGAAAUCAUUCAAAACCCUAUUUGAAACACUUCCACAUGAGAGUGCUAAAAACCAUAAAGGGGUUAAAGUCUCCAAUCAGGAUGAAAUUAGGUUGGGCAAUGUGAAAACAAAUCAAGCUUUGUUUGAAAGCACACCCCUUUAUGCUAUUGAAGAUAGUUUGGGCAACUACCAUGAAGUGACAUCUGUCAGUCGAGAGCAAUUAAUAAGUGGUGAUGUUAAAAAUUACAAGUGGAUGUUUGAAACAAAACCAUUGGAUCAGUUUAAUGAAAGUAUCCAAAAAGUAGAUAUCAUUAAAGGGAUCACAAAACAAGAAAUUCUGUCUGGCGACGUGGGAACAGUCAAGUGGAUGUUUGAAACACAACCUGUAGAUGUCAUUAAUUCCAAUAAAAUUGAAAGAGAUGAACAAGCCACAGCCCAGAAAGAAGUCUUACAAAAAGGUGAUGUUAACCAAUGUCGAUGGCUCUUUGAGACCCAACCUAUUGACCAGUUAUAUGACAAAUCCGAAAACAAACUGGAGAAAGAACCACCUGUACAAGGUAACGUCAACUCACACACUUGGAUGUUUGAAACCCAACCACUUGAUUCCAUUGGAGACUCCAAAGAGCGUUAUAUAAAAGUAAGCCUUGCUUCCCCAGACAGCCUGGAAGGUGUUAAUGUAAAAACAACUAAGCAUUUAUUUGAGACUGAACCUAUUGACAAACUUUCUUCUACAAAAGAGCAGAGAAAAAUGAUUAGGUAUUCUAGUCGUGUUGAAAUCCAGUCAGGUGAAGUGUCCAGGGUGAAGGAGAUCUUUGAGUCGAAGCCAAAUGUGAGUGUCCCACUUCAGAAGACAGACAUUCCUACAGAAGGAAAUAUACCAGCUGGUGCAGUAAAUAAAUUUACUUGGCUUUUUGAAAAUUGUCCAAUGGACUCUAUGUCAGUUCGGGAAGAUGGAAUUCAAGAAUUACCCCCUGAAAAAGAUAUAGAAGGUGGAGAUGUUGGAGGAAAAAAAUUUAUCUUUGAAACAUAUGCUUUGGAUCAGAUCCACCAAGAUUCUGAUGACAAAGAGAUAUGCAAAGUGCAAGAAGCUGUUAAUAAAGGAGAAGUAAAGACUUGUACUAUGCUCUUCGAUACCAAGCCUUUAUAUGCAAUUCAGGACAAAGGAGGGAUAUACCAUGAGGUAACAUCUGUAAAGAAGGAAGAAAUUCAAAAAGGGGAUGUAAAGGGUGCAAAAUGGCUGUUUGAAACAAAACCCCUUGACAUGAUCCAUAAGGAUGAAGAAGUUUUUGUUAUCAGAGCAGUGACACAGGAAGAUAUUGAAAAAGGCUGUGUCAAGUCUGCCCGCUGGAGGUUCGAAACAGAACCAUUGGAUUCCAUUACUGACACUGAAAAGCACACAGCUAGAACAGUAGAUGAUGUACAGAAGGGUGAUGUCCAAAUAAAUAGGCAGCUAUUUGAAUCACAAAAAGUAAACCAGAACAAGUAUGUUAGACUAGUUAGUGUCAGUGAUGUACAGAAGGGAAAUGUUAGGACAUCUACAUGGCUCUUUGAAAACCAACCAAUUGAUUGUUUAAAAGGAGAAGAUCAAGAACAUUGUGGCAUCAUAAAAGUACAAAGAGAAGACAACCAGAAAGGUGAUGUCAAGAGAUGUACAUGGUUAUUUGAGUCUCAACCCUUAGAUAGCCUAAAAGACACUGAAAGCCCAGCAGCUCCUCAGACUACUGAAGACAUUCCCAAAGAUAAUGUGAAGAGUACAACAUGGCUGUUUGAAAGUACACCACUAGAUAAAUGUAACUAUAAAUCAUCAACUGGUGUUGAACAGAAAGAAAUAAGUGUAAAAGACACGCUGGAUGCGUUCCUUUCCCAUAAUAUAAUUCAACAUAAAGGAAUAGUCAUCGAAAACAAUAACAGUGGAAAUGUGAAGAUGAUAAAAUAUCAGUUAUCAACACAAACAGCGACUGAUAUCCAAAAGGAAGAAAUAGUUGGAGGUAACCUGCAAAGAAUACUAAUACAGCUACUCCACAGAGCUGAUGUAGAGCCUCAUGGUCUACUGGUUGAGGAAAACAGCAGCGGGCAGAUCAUUGCAACUAAAUUGACUCUUCUAAAUGCUGUCCAGUCAACAGAACAGGAAGAAGAACAUGUCAGGCAUAAUGUAGCCAAAGCUCUUAAAAUAUUGCCAAAUGAGGAUGCUUCGACAAAAACUGGUAUCAUAAUGGAGGAAUCAGAAAGUGGGUCAGUCAAAAUUAUUAUCUAUGCUCUGUCAUUGCAGUGUAAAUUUAACAUGGCUCAGGGGGAUAUCCUCAAAGGAAAUGUCAAAUCCACAAUUGGGAAUCUCCUUGCGAGUGGCCAAGAAAAUAAAUGCAGAAGUUCGGUGACUCGUGAGCAAAACGAAAAAGGAAAUGUCCACUUGUUCACAAGUUGCAUUGAAAAAGGUGACCUUGGAUACUUGAAAAGUCUUCAAGAAGAAUCAGAAUUAGAUGCUCUAGCAUGUUCUCAGAGUGAAUCAAUGCAGCAAGAGACAACCGAACAAUGUAAGCAGUCAGACAAUCAAAGCAAAGUUGGUCCACAAUGUGUGUUUGUUGCAUCAACGCCUAUAUUCCACCCUGUACAACCCCAUAAAAGUGUGAAAGAAUGUGUUGUGGAUGGAAUUGUGAAAAGUACCGAUGCCCAGGCUUCUUCUUGUUGCAAAAUAGAAAAAAGGAACAUCUCUCUGAGUAAUACUGCAGAAAGCAAUACUAUAUUACAAAAAAGUAUUGACACCAAGCAAACUUCUGCACAUCAAAAUACCUCUACGCUGGAUAAAUCGUUUUGUGUUGUGGGUUCUACCUGUAAUGCAUCACAAAAUAACAGUACCACUGGAACCGAUCUACAAGCCGCAUUGUUGGAUCUAAGACAGGCCACAGCUGAAGCUAGAACUAUCCAAAAACAAGCUCAAUGUAAGAUAAAGAGUAGCUCUCAAGAAAUCCAUCUUACCAACAAGGAAGCAAAAAGAAAUAGGACUCAACCAGUUCAAGCAACUUUACAUCCAGAACAUGCAACAGUAAAGCAGACAGCAAGUGUCAUGACCACAGCUACAGAUACAAAGACAUGUUAUGCAAGUCUUCAAACAUCUACUUCGGCCACCAAAAAGGUCAGUGUUUCUGAGGAGGAGAAACCUUCACGUGAGACUAGAGCAGAAACUAACAUCAUUAACAACAAUGCUGAGCCCCCCAAAUGUGCAAAAAACUAUUUAAAUCCCUUUAGUGAUUGUGACUAUAAGGCACAAAUAGAACAAGAAGAAAGGGACCAAGAUAUUGUCAGGGGGGAUGUAAAGGCAACCAUCAGAGCAUUGCAGAAUGCUUCAAAAGAGCAGAAAGAAAUAGAAAAGGAAGAAGUUGUAAAGGGUAAUUUAUCGUCCACCCUUGAAUCCCUUCAAAAGUCUAAUGUAAAUGUAUCUAAGGGUGACUUUAAAGCAGCUAUGAUAUACAGAAAUGCAGGGCAAUCUUAUGCUGCAUGUAAAAGGAAUUCUGAUGUUCAGCAUAUCAAAGAUCAGGCUAUGGCAAAGUCAAUGCAACCAUCUGAUAAUAACUCUCCUCCUUCUCCAGCUCCUGUGACUGAACAAGAAGUGUGCCAAGCUCUCACUUCAAGUAAUGUAGAAGCCACAAAGGAUGACUCCAAAACGGUGAAUAAUCCUAUGCCAAAUACUCAAGAUUGCAUUGCAAAGGCUUGCAGAAAUACAGUAGAUGAAAACACUAAUGCCUCCCAAACUUGCCAAAUGGUACAAAGAAAAAAGCCAGCACUGCCACCAAAACCAAAGCAUUUGUUACCUGGUAUACGUCCACCGCCUAGACACAAAAACAAGGCCUUCUUGGCUACAUCAUCUCCAGUUUCUAGCCCUUCAACUCCAUCUGAAGAAUGUUGUUUUAAAGAUAUAACAGAACCAGCCAAUAUGACAAUGAAAACACAGUCUCCAAGUAACGUCCCAAAUGCUUGCAUGUAUCCCUCUACAAACAUAAAUUCUGAAACCGAAAAGGAAAUGCUUCUUCCCCAUGAACACAAACUAUGCAACCAAAACAAUGUGGUUACCAGUCAAGAUCAGACGUAUCAGGAAGAAGGUGUGAUCAAACUCGACCAAAAAACCAAGGAAGCUGAAUCAUUUGAAUGCAGCGCUUCUAUAGAUUCUAACCUAACUGCUCAUACAAUGUCAGAAUGCCAUACAAGACAAAGUCCAGAAGAAGUAAUAAAUAAAGAGAACCUAUCGGAAAAUUUGAAAAGUGAAGAAGUGUCAAACAAGUCAGCUGUUCAUGUGACACAGUCAAGAACCAAUGUUAGUGAUGCUGAUAACAAGAAUGUAGUCAUGAGAGUCAAGCGAAACAAGGAAUCAGAAGAUGCAAGACGUCAACGAUUAUCAAUUCAUAUGGAUGAGAUCAUGAAAGACAACAUAAGGACAGCAACAGAUAUUUUUGAAAAUCUGAAAAAACAAGAUGAGUUGGAAAAGAUUUUGGAAAAAGUAACAGAAUUGGAAGAAAAGAGCAGCACUGUUGAUGUCAAGUCCAUGAGGGGCUUAUUUGAGACUGUUCCAGACUGGGUGGUAAGUUCCAAAGAACAAGCUUUCCCUCUUAAGUUAGAAGAGAAUCAGAAACAUGAAAGAUUUGAGCUGCAAAGAGAAGAUUCUGAAAGUGUCUCAUCAGUAGAACUUGCCUUCGAGGACCUCGAAAGGGCAAGUGCUGAAAUCAAACAUUUAAAAGAGCAGACCCUGGCCAAAAUUCUGGACAUUGAAGAAACAGUUAAGAAAGCACUUUAUGCUGUGUCCAACCUAAAAUCUGAUUCUGACAUUGUAAGCCUUUCAGGUCUGUUUCGUGAAUCUUUAGGUGUAUGUAGCAAUGCUACCAAUAACAUAAGAAAAAUUAGUAUUGUUUCUAGUAAAGCAAAACCAGAAAAACCAACACAACUAUUUGAACAAAAGUGUCCAGAAGCUGUAAAUAAUUUAAAUAAUCAGGAAAAAAUAGAACAUAAGAAAACAGAGCUGGAGGUGACUAGCAGUGUCUCCAGUCGACUUUCUCCUACAUCUCCAUCUUUUAUUACUAUAGAGUCUGCAGCCAGGAAGACCUCACAGCACAACAGUUCUCUGCCCUCAGCUACUAUUUCAAAUCAGACUGGAGGAAUGUCUCAAGGUGUUAAUGGAAAAGACCAAAAUGGGAUUAAUCCUCUAGAGCGUUUGGAUCCUUUUCAUCAGUGGAGUGUAUGUGACAAUGGACAGUCACCUGCAUCGCUGGGUAUUCCCAUGGUACAUGAACAAAACCCCAAAUCACCAUCAAGUCCAAAUUCACAAAGGCAAAAAAGUGUCUUAGAGUUGAAAACUGGUCCAGAAGGUCCAAAAGUAAUUGGAACAACAAUAGUUACUGAAAAAUAUGAAGAAUCUGAUGAGUAUGGAAACAAAAUCGUAAAGUCCAAGACAUCUACAACUGUUACGAAACAAUCAGACACUCAUGGCUCUUCAACGUUUGAGUUUGUAUCUGCCCCUCCUCGCUAUGAGGUCACCGCUUCUCCUAUUCUUAGAAGACAUGUAAUCUCGUCUGUAGACCACUCUAAUAACAAAGGAAAUGAGACCGGUGUGGUAUUUGUCACUUUUGGGAAUUCAAAACCAGCUAAGAAAUGAUGACUUCAUAGGGUGGUCUUCUAUAACCAGACUGUGCCCGGCUGCAUUAUACAGACCAACAACUGAUUCAGACAAAUCAGGACAAUUCUUACUUUUUUAAUUUGGUUUAUAUUUUAUACACCGAAAGAUUAUCAGUUAAUGUAAUCUCAAUGUGCCAUGCUAAUAACAAGAGAAAAUCCCAGCUCUUCUCAAUGUACUGUUCCAUGAAUAUGUCUUUGUAUUACCAGACCAUUAUUAUUAUAUUCCUCUUACACUUUAGAUAAAGUAAAAAAAAUUAACAUAAUACAGUAAAUCUGGGGCUACAGUAUAACUGUAUUGGUCAGAAAAACUGAGCAUAAAUUACAACUAAAGGAUGUUACCUCAGAUAUAGAGUAUAAAGACGGACCCGGCCAUAAACAUGCACAGUUGGCCACUAUUGUAUGUUACUGUAUCACUCAUGGGAAGAAAGGAGGAGGCCUGUUAAGGAGAAGGUCUCCAUUGGGAGGCAACCAGGACACCCUUAUAUAUAUAAGAUCAUUGGCCGCUAGUGGGUUUGGCCAAUUUUUAUCUUUUAUGGCCAACUUAACCCAGCUUCAAACUUAACUCUUACUUUGACUUAGUGCAAUAUGUUAUUUGGCAUCAUUUGUGCAAACUUCAUUUUAUACAUUGGAUAGUGAUAGCCAAAUAUUUUUUGCCUUUUAAAACACAGCCUGAUAAUGGGUUACAUUGGGUGGAAUUUGCCCAUAACAUAUGCACAUGGUAGUGUCUUAUAACUGAUAAAUCUUGAAGAAAAUUCUUAAAGGCUAUCAACACCUUUUCUAUACAUUUUCAAAUUUUUAUUUGGUUCCUGUAUGCAAAAUUAAGUAACUUUCUAAAUCAUUCUUAUUCAAAAUUAUCUACCAAUCAAUAUACCAAUAAUCCAUGCACCGCCAAACCCAGAGGAAAAAGGAAAACCUUAAAUAAUCCAUCUUACAGACUUUCUGCUCUGUCAAUGUUAGAGAUAGCAGCAAAUACAGAGAUGGAGUCAAGGGUGUAGCUAUAGGGGGUGCAGAGGUAGCAGUUGUACUGGGGCCCUGGUGCCUAAGGGGGCCCCAAAGCACAUCUGGCCCAUAAGAGACCAGUAUUAUAAUUGGCACAUGGGGGCCUGUUGCAGAUAAUGCAUCGGGGCCCAGAAGCUUCAAGUUACGCCUCUGAAUGUAGUUGUAAAUAGAAGUUAAAAGUAUGAACAGAGGGGAGAACAUACAUGGAGGGCCGCUUCAACAGGAAUUCCAGGGGCCGUGUACAACUGUAGAGAAAAAUCAGAGCACAUACAGCAAACUAUAGACCCCUAAGCACACAUGCAGCAUGUAUUACUGCGAGGGCACAACAAGCUAGGAGCAGGCUGCAAAUUAUACAUCAGGGGGUCUGAAAAUGAAUAAAGGAAUGAAGACUGCAGACUCAAACUAAGUGCAACCUUUUUUUUAACUCAGUAGGGAGAUUCUCAAAAACUACUGUAAUUUCUGUUCCAGUGAUAUUAUUGACACCUUGUUUUUUCUACUCACAUUUUCAAAGGUCUCUUGUGCUGCUAUGAAAAUAUGUGAAAAUUCAUUUUCGUGCCACUUUUGUUUUUUUCUUGCGACAAUUUUUUGUUGUUGCAGCCAUAAUGGAUUUUUUGUGCCAAAACUGCAGAGUUUGACACCAAAAUUGCAGAUUUUUGUGCCAAAUUUUACAUCCCAGAAAAAUCUGGUGGAAACAUCUCCCAAAAUAUUCCAUGGUUACUAGUGCCCAGACAAGCAAUAACUCUAUAGAUAAAACAUUUCUGAGCUUAAAUGUGAGCGCAGGUGCAGUGUGACCAAGAAAAAAAAAGAAUCAAAAAGCUGGUGGGAAAUUUUUGAUGUAAACUGGACUCUCACCCCUUUGAAAAUAUAAUGUAAAGCAGACAAUAUACGUGGACAUGCCCACUUUUACAAAACUGACGUGAACAGUGUAAACCGCGGCACAAAGCUCUUUGAAAAUGUAGUCGAUACUUUUCGCGCCAACAUUUUUGGGUGCAAAAUUCUUUGAGAAUCUCCCCCAAUGUAUCCAGUAAUUUCAAAGGUGUCCAUAGUCUUUAACAGUAACACAACUCAAAUGACAUUUCUUUGUUAACUCAAUCAGAACUAUAAGAAUUUGUAUGCUUUUCUUAACAUGAUCAGAUUUUGGACUGUUAAAAUAUUUGAGAUCCUAAUUUAUUAUUUAUAAGAUUGUUUUUUUUAGAGUUUAUGCAUCAAAUGCUGCAUUUAUAGAGAUAUUACCUUUGUAUAGUAAUUCUUUUCUGAUAAAAAAUCUUUUUUAAAUCUUAUACACUACUGUCUGUGA